AUGAUGCUACUUAAUAAUAAAUAUAAAUUAAUAUAAAAUUAGAUCUUAAGAUUAAUAAAAAAUAACAGAAUAAAUUAUCUUAUGAGCACUUCGUCUUAAUAGCAAAUUCAAAGAGGAGCUGAAAGAUUAAAUGGAUUCGAUAAACCAACUGUCUGGUCUAUUUUCUCACCCCUUUCUGUUGAAUACAAGUCUGUCAAUUUGGGAUAAGGUUUUCCUAACUGGAAUCCUCCUGACUUUUUCAUGGACAGUUUAUUAAAAUUGACCAAGGAGGGACCCCAUCAAUAUACCCGUGCAUUCGGAUCUCCUAAACUUGUUAAAGCUAUUGCCGAUUUCUACUCUCCUAUUUUCAAUCGCUAAUUAGAUGCAAAUACAAAUGUAUGUGUUAGUGCUGGUGGUGUCAGUUGCCUUAACUCUAUUUUCUUAGGGCUUGUAAAUCCUGGGGAAGAAGUCAUAUUACUUGAUCCAAGCUAUGAUUGCUAUCGUGCUUAAAUUCAAAUGGCUGGAGGUAUUUCUAAAAGUGUUCCUUUGAGACCAAGAUAAUUAAACUCACAAACCGAUAUUAAACAAAGAGGACCUGUAUAUACAGUAAGUGCAUCAGAUGCUUGGGAUGUAGAUUUUGAAUUACUUGAAAAAACUAUCAAUGAUAACACUAAGAUUUUGUUAAUUAAUACACCUCAUAAUCCUACUGGUAAGGUUUUCAACCGCCAAGAAUUAGAACGUAUUCACGAGAUAGUUAAAAAAUAUCCUAAAUGUAUCGUUGUUGAAGAUGGUGUAUAUGAACAUCUAUGCUUUGAUAACUAUGAACCCUUGAAGCUCCCUCGUUUCGCCUAAUUAGAAGGUGCUUGGGAUAGAACUGUAUCUGUUUACUCUGCUGGUAAGCUUUACUCAGCAACAGGUAUCCGUAUGGGUUGGGCAGUUGGUCCUCAAAGUAUCAUAAAAUAUGUACAAUCUUUCCACUAAUACUCCGUUUUUUGCCAACAUGGACCUAUGCAAGAUGCUACUGCUGAAGCUUUGGAAUUAUCAAGCAAGUCUUCUUAUUUUACUGACACUGCUUAAAAAUUGAAAAAUCACCGUGAUUUAUUAAUUAACUAGUUGGUUAACUCUAAAAUACCAUUUAAUAUUUGGGUUCCAGAAGGAGGUUUCUUUGUAAUUUGUGAUAUUAGUUAAGUUGAAGUUGAUCCAAAAUACUUUGUAGAUGAAAAGACUGGUGAAAAAUACACCAAAGAUUAUGCAUUCUCUAUAUGGCUAUGCAAAGAAAAAGGUGUUACUGCUAUACCUUGUUCUGUCUUCUAUCCACCAGAAUAUUAACAUCUUGGUCAAAACCUCGUCCGUUUUGCUUUCUGCAAAACAGAAGAUACUAUUUUGGAGGCUGGAAAGCGUUUUAAUAACUGA